UGCAGCAUCCACUCUGACUGACGCUCCCAUGCAACACAUGCAAAGGAGACUGAGGGGGAGACGGACAACAGAAAUGAAUUAGUAAAUGUCAAAGAAAGAAGCGUAGAUUUAAAUGUGAAGCUAUCCCAUGAUGCAACAUGCGUCUCCAGCACCUGCAGUGACAAUGAUGGCCACCCAGAGCGUUCCUCCACCAUCGUACCCGGAGAGCCAACAGAUGACGGGCACCACUCAGCAAAACACCAAGACCCCACAAGUCCAUAUCCCAGCAGCCUCUGCAGCAGGAAAUACCUCUGUCAGCGUGACCCUUGACCCCCAAGCCCAGCUUGAGUCUGACAAGAGGGCUGUUUACAGUGAUGAGAUCCGGUUUCAAAGCUGCCCCAUGAUGCAGUGCGGAGCCCGACAUCCACUGUUCCCCCUGCUGGCGUUGUUGUUUGAGAAAUGUGAGCAGGCCACACAGGGAUCUGAAUGCAUCACGUCAGCCAGCUUUGAUGUGGACAUAGAGAACUUUGUGCAUCAGCAGGAGAGAGAACACAAGCCCUUCUUCAGUGAAGAUCCAGAGCUGGACAACUUGAUGGUAAAGGCUAUUCAAGUGUUGCGAAUCCACCUUUUAGAAUUAGAGAAGGUCAAUGAGCUCUGUAAAGAUUUCUGCAACCGUUACAUCACCUGCCUCAAAACCAAGAUGCACAGUGACAACCUCCUCCGCAACGACCUGGGAGGACCUUAUUCCCCGUCUCAUACAAGUCUCAACAUGCAGCAGGAACUAAUUCAGACCUCCUCUCCAUCCAUGACCUCUGUCUCCAGCUCUGUUAAUCCUUCAGGGAUAUUGGUGCCCGCUGGGGGUCUGCAACAGGGCAAUGUUGCCAUGACUACCAUCAACUCUCAAGUGGUAUCUGGUGGGACCCUGUACCAGCCGGUUGCCAUGGUGACAUCGCAAGGACAAGUGUUAACACAGGCGCUGCCGCCGGGAACUAUCCAGAUCCAGAACUCACAGGUCAACUUGGACCUGUCGUCCCUGUUGGACAGCGAGGACAAGAAGUCCAAGAAUAAGAGGGGUGUCCUGCCAAAACACGCAACCAACAUCAUGCGCUCCUGGCUCUUUCAACAUCUCAUGCACCCAUACCCAACAGAAGAUGAGAAAAGGCAGAUUGCUGCACAAACUAAUCUAACGCUUUUACAAGUGAACAACUGGUUCAUCAAUGCUCGCCGGCGUAUCCUCCAACCCAUGUUGGACGCCAGUAACCCGGACCCGGCUCCUAAAGCCAAGAAGAUGAAGUCCCAGCACCGUCCGACACAGCGCUUCUGGCCCGACUCCAUCGUGGCUGGAGUACUGCAGACGCACAGAUCAGGAAACAACUCAGACAACCCGCUGAGUAUGGACAGCCUUCAGUCACUGUCUUCGGACUCGGCCACCCUGGCUAUGCAGCAGGCCAUGCUGGGAGCCGACGACUCCAUGGACGGCACAGAGGACGAGGAUGAAGAGGAGGACGAGGAGGAGGAGGAAGAAGAGGAGGAGGGGAUGGAGGAGGAAGAGGAGGAUGAGGGAGAGGAGGAAAAUGACAGCGUGAGGCUAAUAUCUGGCAGGGGGGCAGUAAGAGAAAGGAGAGAUCUGUGCAUGGAGCACAGGGAGGAACUUGGGUAGAUGACAAGAGAAAAAGACCACAGGAGGAGAAAGGAGAGAUCUGUGCAUGGAGCACAGAGAGGAACUUGGGUUGAUGACAAGAGAAAAAGACCACAUGAACUUAGCACAGCCUCAUUCAAACUGAACUAGGACAGCUCUAAUGCUAAGUCACUUGAGACGAUCUGAGGACAUACAAGGCUUUCUCCAAAUCCAUCAGAGACUGUGACCCUAAUCAAACACUACGACCAUCGUGAUACGGAUUGCGGAAGACUGAUGUGACUUCCAUGAUGAAUAUGUGUGGUUUCAUUUAACUAGUGAAUGUUCUUAUGCAGUGAGCUCUCAAAAUAUUUGGAUAGUAGCACAUUUUUUUACUCUAUAGCAUCUGUUAUUUAUGGACAGAAAUGGCACAGGAACGCAGAAGUUGAAGAGAUGGCUGCCAGUUUUAAAUUGAGACGUUUAUCUUAGCAGAAGCUUGGUGCUUUCAGUAUAAAAUAACAGUACAGUAAACAAGUAGUUUUGAAUGCAUUUUACUGUAAACUGAAAAGGGAGCAAUAGAAUGAGGAAUGCAGUGUGAUUUAUGACAUUAUGUUCAUGUAUGUUUUAUUGUAAUUGAAAAUUAUCUUUUCAAAUAUCAUGACACUGUAAAAUGAUUGAAGUUCAAUUUUCAACCAACAGUAACUGCAGUUUCUCUCAUUUUGCUUCCUAAAAUAAGAGCGAAAAAAACCUCUGCAGUAGUGUGUUGUCUUCCACUGCUGUCACGUCAUUCAUGCCUUUUCAAUGAUCCAUAGGUUCUCAGGUCGCUACGUUUCUUCUUCUUGAGCAAAUCAGUUGACUGAUGGCUCCAGCAAACCUUUUUAGAGCAUGACUUUUAAACAAUCGUAGUUCAUUUUAUUUCUCAAGUGCAAAUAAAAAAAGAGAAAAAAACCUUGAAGCCGGUGUAUACUGGCUACACUUAUAGCAUGUACAUCGGAUUUCUCACAUGUUUGCAUUCUGAUGUUGAAAGUGUGCAUAUUUAUUCUUUUUUUGCAUGGCCUCAGAUGGUAGCUCAAUGAACAACGAGACAAUGGCAGUUGGUUCUGAACAGACAAAGGUCAUGUUACUGUGACCCUAGGUUUGUAAGCACAGGGGGAAGCCCUUUGCUGGACUCUAUGGGAAAUACUACUCUCCAAUCUCUAGCAUCCUUUUGCCCAUUGAAGAUUUGCAGCCCAAUCAUGGCGUGUUUGCUGAUAUAUAUACGGACCACAUAGUAUGUGAUUUCUUCCUGCUAUCAGUGUAUGAGCGACAGGGAUCAUUGGUAGAGGGCUUCACCUGUGAAAAUUGAACUAGGGUUAGAAUAUGGUAACAUUUGCCAUGCCGCGACAUAACAUCAACCAAAUCAAUGACCAAAGUUUAGUCUUUAUGACUUCUUCUUUGCUGAACCAGCAAUGAAAGGCCCACCCAACCCAAGUAGUACACACCUGCGUAGAGAUAUGUCCCAACCCUGUUAGGGUCCAACGGACAGUGAGUAGUCAUUCGACAGCCAGCUCACCACCUUCACUGAUUAUAAAGGAGCCUGAGGACAUGACUGAGUAUCCACUCAUUUGGCAGGCCCAUCCUGAUAGGCCUCAGUGGGCAGAGGGUAGUAUUACCCACACACUCCAGAACGGGGCAGACCCCUGUCUUGCAAAGCUUUUGAAUAAGGCUGUUUUAUCAGCCAGUGGCCAUGCACAUAUUUGACUUCAGCCAAAGCAAAGUUAUUUUAAGGGAGCGGUCUUUUUUUACCUUGGCUAAAACUGGCACAAAAUAACAAUCUACAAACUGUCUCACCCCCAUAUCCACACAAAGAGAAAUCACAGACAAGGCCAGCGACGAUGGAACCCCCAACCGACAAAGCCAACUGUUUGAACUUUAAAAAAAAAAGACGACAGCGAGAAUGAGAGCAAAAACUCAGCAGUAAUGUCUUUCAAUUUUAGGUUAAGGAUUUUGAAAAAACUGUGAAACUAUUUCAGCUUUGUUUUGUACUAGAACACACAAAUCGAGUCGCUUGUUUGUAAUGUGAAGGCAGAAAAAGAGAAAAACAUUAACGUAUUGAAAGUUCUGAUUGUUCAUUGUGGAAUAUUUUAUUCAUUAAUUCUUUUCUCUUUUACUUAAAAAAAAGGAUCUUCCAGAGCAAGUGACAGACACGAGGGAGUAUUUCUAUUUUAUUUGUGCACUUGUCAUAAUCUAUUCUGUUUCAAUAGACCCAUUUUAAUAAUUAAAACAUGUUGUGACUUUGACUGUCAUAUGAAGGUUCUGCUUAGGCUGAGCAAACCCAUCUAGGGGCAAAGAUUCCCAAACAGGAGAUAAGCGGUUUGAUUCAUGAGAUAAAGUUGAUGAUAUGAUAAUGUCCAAGACAGGAUCUUAACAGAGCGAGCUGCAUGUUCGUGGGACAUUUCUUCACCGGCUUCAUUGCAAACUUGUCACGGGAGUUGCGUGGGGAAAAAGGCAGGACUCAAACGCAGAGUUUUCAGGAAACAAAAGGGACUUUAAUAGUCAAAAGGUUUUCAAAAGCAAAAGGCCAAGGGGCAAGAACAGAGACAGGAACCAGGACGUGGACAGGGACUUGGACUUCCAUACAUUGAACAAUGAUGCGACAAGUGACAAACAUGGCUUAAAUACACUAGGGAGGUGCAGGUGAUUGGACACAGGUGGAAACAAUCAUGACAUGACAGACACAGAGGAUACAGGAUAAGGCAGGAAGUGACAUGACCCAGGGAGAACAGAGGCAAGAAACUACAAAAUAAAACCAGACAUUAACCCAAACCCUGACAAAACUAUUCUCGAUCAUAGUGUUAGUAGUCUAAAUAUUGGUUUAGCUUCCCUCAUUUUCCUGUCCCACGUGUUGUCUCCCACCCACUGGUGUUUAAUAUAGGCUGUAAUUUUAAGUUGCUUGAGACUCCCUUCCAAAUGUUCCCCCUCCUCCCAGAGCCAAACAAGGCUCUCUCCACCACAGGGUUUCAGCUGCUGAGAUGUGAGACUCCUCCUGGAGUUAAAUGGAAAUUCCUCCCGGGUCGGUUUACCAAUAUUGUAUUGUCAUUUAUUGUUAUUCACCCGGCGUGUAUAAUGGCAUCCUUGCUCCCCACCCCUUUUACCCAUCUCCAAAAGUCAGUUUUUAAUUGCAGCAUCACUUAUUAAAGAUCUGCUAUUGUCUA